UUCAUCAUAAUCUGAAUUCUCGGUUUUCUUCUACUUGACUUCUGUGCUGUGCGUUUGCUGUGUUCGUAAGCACAAGCCGGAACAAAUAUGAUCUUCAGUGGACCUUCGGGAUCAGUGACUGGCCUCUCAAUCCUCUCAAAGCUCUUCUGCUGGGACUCCUCUUCCAACACCAACUCUUCUGCCUCUCUCCUCAUAAAUCCUUCCAAAAUCUCCAGUUUCUACCGGAGAUCUCCCUUGAGAAGGUCCCCAUUCCAUAUUGCCACUGCCCGAGUCUCCACCGAGGGCUCCGAGCAGGCCACUGCCGGAGUCGUCGAAGGUUCGCCUCCUCCCCCUUUCGACGCCAUUCGCCAAGCUCGGAGGUCUGCUGACUGGAAAGCAGCAAGGGCUCAUCUUGAGAGUGGAUUCAUAUAUGAGGGUAGGAUUGAAGGUUUUAAUGGAGGAGGCUUACUGGUUCGAUUUUAUUCUCUUGUGGGGUUUCUUCCCUUCCCACAGUUGAGUCCAUCCCAUUCAUGUAAAGAACCCCAUAAAACCAUCCAAGAGAUUGCAAAAGGAUUGAUUGGUUCUCUUAUUUCCGUGAAGGUAAUCCUAGCGGAUGAGGAGAAAAGGAAAUUGAUUUUCUCUGAAAAGGAAGCUGCCUGGUGGAAAUUUUCCAAACAAAUUAAUAUAGGUGAUAUUUUUGAAGCAAUGGUGGGUUCGGUCGAGGAUUAUGGUGCCUUUGUUCACUUACGCUUUCCUGAUGGUCUUUAUCACCUCACUGGACUAGUACAUGUCUCUGAGGUUUCAUGGGAUUUAGUUCAAGAUGUAAGAGACGUCCUAAACGAGGGUGAUGAAGUGAGGGUUAAAAUUGUUAAAGUAGAUAGGGUAAAAUCAAGGAUUACAUUGUCAAUUAAACAACUGGAAGAAGAUCCACUUUUAGAAACUUUAGACAAAGUAAUUCCUCAGGAUGGAUCAACAGGUCCAGAUUCUCUGAGGACAAGCGAUAGCUAUGACAUCGAACCUCUUCCAGGGCUUGAAACAAUAUUUGAAGAGCUACUCCAGGAAGAAGGGAUAAGUGAUGUAAGAAUUAGUCGUCAAGGAUUCGAGAAACGAGUAGUUUCACAAGACCUGCAGCUCUGGCUUUCAAAUGCCCCAGCCGUUGACAAACAGUUCACUCUCCUUGCUCGAGCUGGAAGGCAGGUGCAAGAAAUACAACUGACAACGUCACUUGAUCAAGAAGGCAUCAAAAAGGCAUUACAGCGAGUACUGGAGCGUGUCCCGUGAGUUAAAUUGGGUUCCAUCUCAUUGAUUACCUUUCCAUCUGGGUCUAGGAUAUGUUCAUAUAUACUUUCUGCAGCUAUUGUACAGAAGUCACGAACUCAAACCUGGCAGUCAUAAUCUGCAUAUUGUGUCAAUAGAUCAGCUUUGUCAUACUACAACCAAAAUUUUAAUCUCACAAGAGGUGUUGAUCUUCAGUUUCCAAUUCACACUUCCAACAUUUGGCUUUUUCUAAUUACUAUUUUAAGAUUUUGGUUUUCA